AUGGACGACGAUGAUUUAGCCCACGACCGCGUGCGGCAGAUCCUGCGCGCGCGCGGCUACGUUUUCUGCGACGAUGGCCGGCCCGCCGACACCGCCGAGCAUGCCGCGGUGAUGAGCGCCCGGAGGGCGGAGGCAGAUGCCCUUGAGGAGCUGCUCGGCGAGUCCGUUGGAGCGUCGAGCACCGAUCAUGAGGCCCAGGGGAUUGGGAACACGCUCGAUGGGAGUUACGAGUUCUGGAGCAGCCGCGGAUCGGGGUGGAAUGAGGCGGAGGAGGCGGUGGAGUGGCUGGCGUACCGGCUGAAGUACCCUGCGUGCGUGGUGCGGUGCGUGGAGGUGUCAGUGUACAGAGCUCACUACCAGUUUGGUCUUCCGCUGUACCCCCCGAGCCACUUGGCUGUGGACGUGGGCCCCAGUCCAGAGACGCUGCACCGCGUCAGCCAGGUCUACCAGGUGCGGUCAGAGGAGCACGCACAAGUAUUUCAUGUGCCCCCAACGGCGGCUGUUGGAGGGUACCUGAGGCUGCACCUGAAGGGCAAGCCGCAGAUGCAGCUGGCCGACGGCAGGUAUUACGUGGCCAUUAGACAGGUCAGGGCAUUUGGGCUGCCAGUGCCCGAGCACGUCCUGAAUGGCAUCUCGGGACUGCUGCACUCGCACAGGCUGUGCCUUGGGUCAGGCUCAUACCUCCCGGCCACGGGCCUCUGCCACGCCACGCCGCCCCACUCCCGCACCGUCCUGCAGCGCAUCGCUGCACUCUGCCGCCGCCACCGCCACGACGAGCCGACGACCGCAGCAGACGAAUCCACCACGGCGGAAGACGAAUCGAUGACGUCAGCAGACGAACCGACAACGUCGGCAGACGAACCGACGAACCGCAGGCGGCGGCCUCGACGACACGCAACGGACUUCCGGCCUUUUGAACCGGCGCCGGUAAAGCGGUCCGGAAAUGAACCGAGUCAAACUGCGAUCGUCCGGACGUCUUCCGGGGUGGCUGCCCAAAUGAUGGCGGUUCCCGGGUGCCGGUUGCCGGUUGCACUUUUCCGGGAAGAGGCGCCCGGGCCAGAGUGGGAGGUGCACGAUUUCGCUGAGCAGUGGGGGGAGUGCGUGUAG